ACUUUUGGCCCGGGAGAAAAAGUGCUCUCCUCUCACAUCCAAGUCAGCUGAUGGCAAGCUCUAGCUUUUGCCCGCCCUUCUAAAGCGGGUUGGCUCCUUUUGGUAAACUUUAUUCACCCUUGGAGUUGGUGACGAAUGUAAGGUACUUCUCUUCGUUGACUCGGUGAAGGUGCAGUGCGUUUGUUUGAUCGUUAUCCCCCGGCCAAAGAGAGCAAAAUUUGUUACUUCUUACGGGUUCAAUACCUGUACUCUGAUUCCUCUAGACAAAGGUCUGGGUUCAAGAUGUGACUGUGUGACAAAGAUUUUGCAGAAACAGGAUGAUAUUUUUUCAGCUAACCAGGAGCAAAAACGGAGGGAGCACUCUGAGUGAAGACGGAGGCAAGAAGCAUUUUUGUGUUGUUAAAAACAAGUUCUGAUUGGCAAAUGAAUAAGCCACAAGUUUUCAACGUGCCUCAUCCAGUGUGACACUAUGUUAGUGAUGCUUGUCACAAAAUUGAAUCAUUCAUCAAAUUCCUCUGCUACAGUUCUUGAUGGGAGGGGCGCCCACAUUCACAUGUGAUAAUGAUCUUGACAUUAGGUGUAGAUGGAAUAGUAGACCAUUUAGGUAAUUGUGAUUGACACGACCCACCUGGUGUUCUCGAUUGAAUUUUGACACCGACCACAUUUUUUGCUAUACUAUAGCAAGCUAAGCUAAUGUAGUAACGUGGGCGAUGGCCUAACUCUACAUUUAAGAUAACGAGAAUUGCCAUUCGGGACCGAGCAUAACCCAACAAAACAGAACGAGAGGCAAUAUGGCAAGAAAAAAUACGUUGAUCAAUGAUGCUCUUGUCACAAUCUUGGCUUGGAACUUGGCCGUUUUAGCGUGUUCUUGUGCCCUCCUUGACUAUGACCUAAAUCCCUUGUUCAGUGAAUUCAGUGCAAAGGGUUCAAAUACUGUGCUCCUACCAAAGCUAUUAACCUCGCUAUCGCAUCCUCGGUUCAAGCGCUCAGGGAAUCGAGAUCAAGCUUGUGAGCUUCUUAUCGCCGUGGAUGAGCCUCUGUACAAUCACUACCAUAGAGACAUGGCCAACGUGACGUUUCUAGUCAAAGACCUGGUCCAACGCCUCAAUGAUAUUUACCAAUCCACCGUAUUGAGAGACCGCUUCAACUCGCUCUACUUUCGCGUGAAGGAAGUCCGCAUCUUAUUUGACUUUUGCACGGAGUGCAAUCAAACUCAGCAUGGCUACCUCAGAGAGUUCUCCAAGAUGGAUUUUUCAGAUUUCUGUCUGGCCCAUGUGUUUACGUAUCGAGAUUUCCCAGCUGGUGUUCAAGGAUUAGCUUGGCGUGGAACAAUUUGUCAUAACACGUGGAACACGGGCUUCACUACUCUUCUGAAUCAUGGGGUUCAAGCCAACAUUCCUGAUUCUUCCGUGACGUUUGCCCAUGAGAUUGGGCACAAUUUUGGAUCCCCGCAUGACGAAGACAUACAUUGCACUUCUGACUACAUCAUGUCGGAGUCAGGGUCUUCGAAUCUAAAAAGAGACUUCUCGGACUGUUCCAGGGACAAGAUCUAUGAAACGCUUACCAAAACAUUAGGCAAUCCUCGGAAGAACUGCUUGAAGCAAAUCCCUGAAUAUGAACCCGAGGAUUAUUCAUUAUGCGGAAACGGGCUUGUGGAAGGCGACGAAGAGUGCGAUUGCGGUCUAAGCUACUUAACAUGUACGGAUCCAUGUUGCUACGCGGCUCGGAUCGAUCCAGUUGAUCUCUACUACAACGAAUCAGCUGUCCCUUGCCGAACUAAUCUCAAACAUAUUUGCUUGCACCCAUGGGACAGCCUUUGGCAAUUUGGAUUUGUUGCUCCAUGGAUCUUUGUUCUGGUCGUUACGGUCUUGAGCGCCAUUGGACUUUGGUACGACUGGAAGAACAAGAAAAUAUGCUUCGAUCACAUCACGAAGCCUCGAGAAUUAGUUCGCUCGGAAACCGAGGAACAAAUGGCUAGACGGCUUAAAAGACAAAGUAUUCGAGGCGAGAAGAUAUAUGUUAUCAAGUCUCCCACUGGAAUUUCAAAUGGAAGUACAAUUCCAGCUAGCAAUGGUGUGCCUGAAGUGCCGAAACCCGGGAUCGUCAAGCAGAUGAAGAAUCAACUGGAGAGGAAAUGAAAGCCGGUCCAAAUGCAAUUGUUGUGCUUUAAAGUACUUUUAUGCUUUAUCUGUGAUACUCCAACUUUGUCUUCUUGUGAACAAAGUGUUUUCAUUUCUUUUUCUAAAUGCCCAAAGCUCUUGAAGCGUUAUCAAACGAGCGCAUCACGUACCAGAGCAAAAUACCUCUGAAUAUUCAAGAAUUUAAGCUCAUGUCAAAACGCA